AUGUCGGUGGCUUCCAUAGCGGUAUCUUCUCCACAUGAGUCGGCGGCUCAUCAACACAAUGUUCCUUCAUCUGCAGAUAAAUUGACGAGAACUCUUCUCACCCCAGACACUGGUACAGAGGAGAGUAUAUCGAAUAAAAAGCCUGCGAGAAAGAAGAAAGUUACCUGGCAAAUGAAAGACCAACUCCAAUUGAGACUUAGGUUAUACAACAGAAAACCGUGUUUAAAAUCAACUCAUGGCUCAGCUCCAACCUCUUUCCCCCCUUUCUCCAAGAAUACAGUUAUAAGUCCCCUGAGGCUAAAGAAAGUGAUAUCUUCGACGUCAUUAACAGCUACCAAUUCUCCUAAUACAGUCUACCUUUCAUCGGGAAAAUACCAAUAUCAAUUAGUAGCAAUGAUGGGAUUGUCAAACACUCAUUCUCCUAUCAUUGUGCCGGCAACACAGAAUAAACCGAAUAAGCUUGAAGAUUCUCCUCCAAAGCUUAAAAUUUUACCAACAAAAACAAGUUAUAGUGGUAUCAAUAAUACUAAUAAGAAUACUAGGAAUAAUUGCUACAAGAACGAUUACUCAAAUAACUAUAUACAUACAGGAAAACUUCCAUAUAAAUAUAUUAGGAACUCAAUGGAGCAAGUUGAAGGAUAUCCGAAAUUACAGAGAUUAUACAAGUUAAAGGAACAACAAGUUGGCAGAUAUGCAACCAGACCAUAUGGAUGUCGUGUCAAAACUGAAAACAUACUAAAAACCUUGAAUUCAUGGGCGUACAAUGAUGAUUUAAAAUUUGAUGUUAUUAUGAUAGGAGCAUUAACUGAAAAUCAAUUGAUAUAUCCUUUACUUUCAAAGUUACCAAUCGACAAGUUGUGCUGUAAACCAGGGUUUUUAUUCAUUUGGGCUUCGACCCAAAAGAUUUCAGAAUUGUCGACUUUAAUGAAUGAUACAACUACUUGGGCUAAAAAAUUCCGGAGAUCGGAAGAGCUAGUUUUUAUACCAAUUGAUAAGAACUCGGCUUACUAUCCGAAGGAUUCAAAUAUACCCGAAAAUCAGUUGUUAGAGGAAGUCCAGUGGCACUGUUGGAUGUGUAUAACAGGAACCGUUCGAAGAUCCACUGAUAAAGAACUAAUUCAUUGCAAUAUAAACACCGAUUUAUCUAUCGAAAAUCCAAGUACAGGUAAUUCUGCCGUGCCUCCACAAAUUUACAAAGUUGUUGAAAAUUUCAGCUCUUCAACAAGAAGAUUACAUAUUAUACCAAAUCCAACAGGCUUAAAAAAAAGUGUGAACGUUAGACCUGGUUGGGUGAUUGUUUCCCCCGACGUAAUUUUAGAUAAUUUUGAGUCCGAAAGAUAUAAGAGAGACAUUGAGGAAAUUGGUUCUAAGAUUCCAUUUAAUGAGGAAAUUGAACAACUAAGACCUAAAACCCCUGCAUAG